CGAGCCAAGCAUCUCUACAUGUUCUCUAUGGGCGGACCGGUACCAGCAAAUACAUGCAAAAAUAAAAUCAGCUUGGUCCCGAAAUCCCCCCCUUCCUCCUUCUUCACUUGUGUCGCAGUUUUAAUUCACUUGUCGAUGCUAACGUAGAGCUCGUUUCCAUGCGUGUCUAGACACCAGUAGCGGGCGAGGUAAAUAUACAUCUGGCAGGAGAAAUGAAUGGAAGGUGAACAGCAGACUAAGAGGCAGCCAAUCACAGAAUGAGCGUAUGGCGAACGCAUCACGUUCAUUGGUCAAUGUCACAUCGCUUCUGCCCCUUUCUGCAGACAGAGCUGAAAAACCUUCAUACAAACCUCCGACUCUGCCGUUUCUACAGCCAGCUAUUUAAACGCAACAGCUGUGUAACAGGCAAAGACAUCUUUAUCACACACUUGCUGUUUGACCAGACGGCCACACCAUGACGGAGGCGGAUGCGUUGGAGAAGAAACAGCACAAGUCCAGCAAUGGGGAUCUUCAUCUUCCUGCUGCAGCUUCUCGAGAAGCCACCAUAGAAGACGUAUUCGAUCAUACGUACAAAGAAAAAGAGGGCCCGAAACCUCCUAGAGACAUCGUGUGGAAAAAUGUAUUCCUGAUGACUCUGUUGCAUGUAGGUGCCGCGUAUGGCGUCUACCUCAUCCCCUCAGCAUCUUUCCUGACCUUGCUCUGGUCUGUACUUUGUUUUGUGAUAAGCGGUUUGGGAGUCACUGCAGGAGCCCAUCGCCUGUGGAGCCACAGAUCCUACAAGGCAUCACUACCACUACGGAUCUUUCUCGCUUUCGCUAACUCCAUGGCAUUUCAGAAUGACAUCUUUGAAUGGGCUCGCGACCACAGGGUUCACCACAAAUACUCGGAGACGGAUGCCGAUCCCCACAACGCUGUGAGGGGCUUCUUCUUCUCUCACAUCGGCUGGUUGAUGGUGCGCAAACACCCCGACGUCAUUGAGAAAGGACGCAAGCUCGAACUCACUGACCUGCUGUCCGACCAAGUUGUAAUGUUUCAAAGAAAGUAUUACAAGCCCUCUGUGCUGCUCAUGUGCUUUUUCAUCCCCACGUUUGUGCCUUGGUACCUGUGGGGAGAGUCUCUGUGGUUGGCAUACUUCGUCCCUGCCCUGCUGCGGUACACCUUAGUGUUGAACGCCAGUUGGCUAGUAAACAGCGCAGCGCACAUGUGGGGGACCAGGCCCUAUGACAAGAGCAUCAACCCCAGAGAAAACAAGUUUGUGACAUUCGGUGCCAUAGGCGAAGGAUUCCACAACUACCACCACACGUUCCCCUACGACUACGCAUCCAGUGAGUUUGGCUGCAAAAUGAACCUGACCACUUGCUUCAUCGACUUCAUGUGUUUCCUGGGCCUGGCCAGAGACUGCAAACGAGUCCCCCGAGAGCUGGUGCUAGCCCGAAUACAACGCACCGGGAAUGGAAGCCACCGGAGUGGCUAAGGGGGUCAAACUGUGAAGCUCCUCAAGGUGAAAUAUUAUAGAAAAAGCUUCAGAGUCUCUGACACCUAUACAUUUCUCAUCCUCCCAGGAUGACAGUCAGCUCCAUGACGGCCUUGAGCACAUUUUGCUUGUUUUUUUUUUUUUUUUUUUAUGCGUUUCUUUUGUAGCUGUAACAAAAAAUAUCAACGUAGUUACUUUAAAAAGAAACCUUUUUGAAUUUUCUUUGUUUAGUUAGGCCAAGGUCUUGCACAGAUGUUUUAGAUUGGACAUAGAAUUCCAUGCCGUUUGACCACUUUGGUGUGCACUUCUUCAUGCAGGACCAGUCAUGUAGCUAAUUGUUUUCAUCCAAGUAUUACUCAAUGAAUAAUCAGACGUAGUGGAGAACUACAGUCCUGUGGUACGACAGUGGUUGAACUGGUUUGGUGUGAUGCUGGUUGGAGACUAUUGCCUUUUUUCUCCAAUUUACAGUAGGUUUUUACAAUCCUUAUUUAAAGAGGAGAGUUUCUGUGAACAAAACGACUAUAUUUAAUCACACUUAGCAAAUGAUGGGAGAGUGAGGGUCCUCAGACCUGACAGGAAACCAAAGUGAUGCAGCCUAAAUGUCUCCACCAAUCAGAAAAACACACGGAGACGAGAUAAUACACAUAAUAAUUUAAUUAUUUAUUUAUUACUCAAUCUGUGAUCAACAAGUUUAAACCUGUUUGUUGUUUUCUUUAGAACCAGACAUGUUUAUAGACUUUUUUUGUCUCUGUGAUGAAUAUAUAACAACAACUGCUGCAUUGCUCAUAUAAUCUCAGCACUUUUCCAUAUUGUGGCAUCAGUAGGGUUUUGCUUUCAUGUGAAACACGUCCUGUUGAAUUACGACUUUAUAACUAGUGUGUGCAGCGGAGUGCAGCAGCUCAUCUGACAGUUCUGGUGCUACAACUUACACACCACCCAUGCAUGACAAUUUACAGUACAGUAGUCAGUGUCGUAGUGAGGUGUGUCUCUGGUAGUGACUCUAAAAGACCGAUUUGCAUCUAUUUUUGUAACAUAUACUUGGAGCUGCGUUGCUUUUUGGACCGUCUUCAGACGAGAUCCGGUUUCCCUUUGCUGAGGUGCAUAGAUGUUUAAUGUUGAAUUCUAUUGUGCAGAAUGCUUGUGUUGGUUUUGGUUUUGUAUUUGUGUUACUUUAUAUUGACACAAAGAAAGUGCUUCUAAUUUGAUCCAGUUUAUGCGUAAAAAUUAGCCAAAUGAUUUAUUUAUUUUUUUCACGAGUCAGGAUAUAACCUAAUGCCUUAUAACUUGCUCUCAUUCCUGAUCUUUCCUCCCACCCAGUCAGUUGGGUCAAAAAAGGCUGAAGUGCUAUAUUAGACAAAUGUGACUGAUGUCUUUUUCAUGGACUGAAGCACCAGAUAAAAAAGAAAAAUAAACCGUUUCCCUUCAAUCCACACGAGCACUUAACUACCACAAAAACCUGGUGCAAACAAUUUCAUAUGAAAUUCAGCUGCAAUCCCCACAAGGAUGUGCCAACUGUCUUUUUUGCAUUUCACAGCGACAACCUCCAAAUAAAGGUGUUGUCGCAAGAGAAUGUAAGUGUCAUGUUUGAAGCAAGAACUUUCAGUGAACUCUCUUCCUGUCCCGAGUGUCAAUGUUUUCCUAAAAUGAUGACAAUGAGAUUAAAGAGAAUGUCAGUGUGAAUGGACUUGUCAAAUUUUAACUGUUCUAUUCUGAAAUAAAAAUUGAGGAUAUUUUCAAAA